AUGAAACUCUACUAUUUAAAAACUUCCCUACAAGUUCUCUACAGGACACCAGAGUAUCUGGUUGCUCCAGAGAAUGUGUCUGACCGGAUAUUCUAUAUUCAGUCUAACUUGUCUGCUGUCCCCUGGGAGAGCAGAGCAGCAGCAGCAGUGCCUCCCAUGUCUCCUUCUACACUUGCAUACCACCAUGUCCUCUACCAAGGAUGUGGAGAAACGCAGGUGGGCUGGCAUGAGACAUACUGCCUGGUUGGUGGCUACCGACUCUAUGGAGAUGCUCCCUUGGCCACUCCACCAAAGGCCAAAGCAGAAAAGCCAGCAGAGAAGCCAGCCCAGAAGCCAAACCAGAGAGGCAGAGGGGCUCCCAAGAAAUGCCAUGCUCCAUCAGAGACAGAAAAGACCUUGGGCUGUCCCAGGCCCAAAAUUCGUGCCAAGAAACCACUGUCACAGAAGCUGGCUGGCUGAGCUUUCCUGUAGAGAGGACAUUUAUUUACCUAGGACAUCUAAGGCAUCAUCUUUUUUUAAAUUCUAAUUCCUGUAUUUCUUUUUUUUUAAUUUUAAAAAAUUAUUUAUUUUUUAGUUAUAG